AUGUUCGAUGGGCAGGUGUCCACAUACCUUUGGUCAUGUAGUGUCUAUAGGCCUCUGUACCCUCCGUGGGGGUCCGUGGUUACAGCUAGGGGGAGGCGUUGUACAGUGGUCACACAACCAGGAAGAGCUUGAUAGAAAAAGUCUCGCAGCCUAAGUGAAGUGUCAGUAGGCAGGCACAGAGAACAGCAGGUCUCGACGUCUCUGACAACCCCUAAACUCCCGUGCCAAUAACCAUUCUUGGAUUCGGAAACGGAGCUGGAAGAGUAAAUGUAUUUGAAUUGUAAAGCUUAUUUUGUGAAUUUGGUUUAUCGUUUGAGCUAGAAUAUUGUCAACAGCAGAGAAACUCGAGUGGCUUUUGAGGUUUACAGUCCUAACCUACUAGAGACAGUCUUCCCUAUCCUUUGCCAUGGCUUCGACAACCUGUACCAGAUUUACCGACGAGUAUAAUCUCUACGAAGAGCUGGGAAAGGGAGCUUUCUCCAUAGUGAAAAGAUGCAUGAGGAUCUCCAGUGGACAGGAGUAUGCUGCCAAAAUCAUCAACACAAAGAAGCUAUCUGCUCGGGAUCACCAGAAGCUGGAGCGAGAGGCCAGGAUUUGUCGCCUGCUCAAGCACCCCAAUAUCGUGAGGCUCCAUGACAGCAUAUCAGAGGAGGGAUUUCACUACCUGGUCUUUGACUUGGUGACUGGUGGGGAGCUGUUUGAGGACAUCGUAGCCAGAGAGUACUACAGCGAAGCAGACGCCAGUCAUUGCAUUCAGCAGAUCCUAGAGGCCGUGCUCCACUGCCACCAGAUGGGCGUGGUCCACCGCGACCUGAAGCCUGAGAAUCUGCUCCUAGCCAGUAAGCUGAAGGGCGCAGCGGUGAAGUUGGCAGACUUUGGUCUGGCCAUCGAGGUGCAGGGAGAUCAGCAGGCAUGGUUCGGUUUUGCGGGGACCCCAGGCUACCUCUCCCCAGAGGUCCUGAGGAAAGACCCCUAUGGGAAACCUGUGGAUAUGUGGGCCUGUGGUGUGAUUCUCUACAUUCUCCUGGUGGGCUACCCUCCCUUCUGGGACGAGGACCAGCACAGACUGUACCAGCAGAUCAAGGCUGGGGCUUACGAUUUUCCGUCCCCUGAGUGGGACACAGUGACCCCCGAGGCCAAAGACCUGAUUAACAAGAUGUUGACCAUCAACCCUGUCAAGAGGGUCACCGCCACAGACGCACUCAAACACCCCUGGAUCUGUCAACGCUCCACGGUGGCGUCCAUGAUGCACAGACAGGAGACGGUGGAGUGCCUGAGGAAGUUCAACGCCAGAAGGAAACUCAAGGGUGCUAUCCUCACCACCAUGCUGGCCACACGCAACUUCUCAGCAGCCAAAAGCCUGCUCAACAAGAAAGCUGACGGCGUCAAGGAGUCCAGUGAGAGUGCAAACACCACCAUGGAGGAUGAGGACGUGAAAGCUCGUAAGCAGGAGAUCAUCAAAGUGACUGAGCAGCUGAUUGAGGCCAUCAACAAUGGAGACUUUGAAGCCUAUACGAAGAUCUGUGAUCCCGGGCUUACAUCCUUUGAGCCAGAGGCUUUGGGAAACCUAUUGGAGGGAACAGACUUCCACAGAUUCUACUUUGAGAACGCUCUGUCCAGGGGAAAGCAAGGGCCCGUCCACACCAUCCUGCUCAACCCCCACGUGCACCUGAUCGGCGACGACGCGGCGUGUAUCGCUUACAUCCGCCUCACCCAGUACAUGGACGCAAGCGGCAUGCCACGCACCAUGCAGUCGGAGGAGACCCGCAUCUGGCACCGCCGCGACGCCAAGUGGCAGAACAUCCACUUCCACCGCUCCGGCUCGCCCACGGUGCCCGCCAAAUAAGUUGACUGGAGUUGAGGAGCCCCUAGCCUACAGCUGUCAGCUGACCUGCGGAAUUUGCCUACUAAGUGUGUGACAUCCUCGCCCAAUCCCAUCCCAACGCUACAACUUCGCCCUCUGAGUGUUGUUUACAUAUCGUCGCUGCUGGACUGAAGAUUCUUCUUGUAAAAUAUAAAAAGGAAACAACAAUCUUGACGAUAUCAUUUUAUAGAGAAAAUGUUGGUGUUUUAUCGCAUUGUUCCAUUCUUCUCAGUCUCAUCGCAGGACACUUAUGACUGAAACAUAUAUAUUUUUUAUUUUAAUACAAUAAUUUCCUAAUUUUAAACAUGUUUUAAGUUUGAAUGCCAUAGGAAAAUGAAUAGAGUACAUGCCAGAGUUGUUGACGAUAUGUGAAGUUUGCCAAUUUGUGGGUUUAUGAGAUAUAUCUGAGAGAUUUUCAAUCUUAAAUAAUAUACAGUAAUACAGUGUCGUCCGUAAUUAUUAGGACAGUGAAGCAUUUUUUUUCUUCUUUUGAAAUCGUGGCUGAAGUUUAUAGUGCAGAAUGACAGCUUUAAUUUGACGGUAUGUUCAUCCAUAUCGGCUCAACCGUUUGUAAAUUACAGCACUUUUUGUACACAGUAGUCCUCCCCAUUUUAGGGGACCAAAAGUAUUGAGACGAAUGAACUUAACUGUGGUCUCAUAUUCAUAGCACGCAAUGACUACAUUAAGUUUGUGGCUCUACACAUUUUUGGAUGCAUUUUCUGUUUAUUGUGGUUGUUUCAGAUUAUUUUGUGCCCAAUUAGAAAUGAAGAGUAAAUCAUGUAUUGUGUCACUUUUAUACGGAUGAUCCUGAAUGAAUCGUGAAUAAUGAUGAGUGAGAAAGUUAGACUCACAAAUAUCAUACCAACACAUGCUAACCUUUCACCAUUACAAUAACAGGGGAGGUUAGUAUUUUGGGGGAGGGUAUGAUAUUGUGUGUCUAGCUUCCUUACUCAUAAUUAUUGUUUAGAAACAUUUUCCAAAAUGACACAAUACAUUAUUUACCAUUUAAUUUCUAUUGGGCACAAAAUAAUCUGUGUGUGUGGGGGGUGCUGUAAUUCAUAAAUGCUUCAGCCAAUUAGGAUGAAAAUACCCUCAAAUUAAAGAUGACAGUCUGCCCUUGAAGGUCACUGUUAGUUUUCAAAUCCAAACUUUGAGUAUAGAGCCAAAAGAAGAAGAAAUGCUUCACUGUCCCAGUAAUUACGGAGGGCACUCUAUACGGCUUGGUUUUCCAAUAUUAUCAGGGUCUGGGAUAUGCGGUGAACUGAAACUCAUGAGUGCAUUCAUAUGAUCUCAGUAUUGCACAUCGGUCCCAAUGACAAAAGUGAUAUCAGUUAAGCUUUACAGGACAGUGACCAACAUAUCGCAGUUUGUCAACCCUUUUUUUUUGUCAGUUUUUUUUGUGCAGAAAUGGCUAUAAAAAUCUAUGAGAACAUAAGUGAAUGUCAAAACAUGAGCUUGCUUCUUGUGGUGAUGUAUAGACUCGUGAUUGAGUGAAUCGCUAUAGCUUUGCUUAAACUCUGUGGAGUAUUAAACUGUUUAAACAUUAGCGUAGUUUACAAUCGGUUGACAAUUCCAAGUUCACUUGUUCUCAAUUGGCUCAAUAUUAAGUAUGAUUGCUGGGAAUUUCAAUUGACAAUGUAUGUUAAGGGAAAAAUUGUACCUUUUUGUUUUGCUAUGAUAUGCGUUUGGCUAUACAUCAUCACGUGAGAACUGUCUCAAUGAUGGAAUGUAAAACUAUACUGUAGAUAUAAUGUCCACGUAUAUUACUCGAGGCCAUUGUAUGACAUAUGGAACACUGUUUUAAAGUUAAAUGAUAUCUUCAUCAUGAUGAUGAUAAUUAUGUGAAUUUUAUUGGUGAUUUUUUUUCUCUUAAUUUUAUAUUGUUGAAUUGAUAGGUUGUCCCUUCUUGGAUUAUUGUUGAUCAUUUCUUCCAGUCCUCGCAUAUCGGUGGAACGAUUGACCCCCCCCCCCCCCCCCCCCAUGGAAGAAAAUAAAGAGCCUUUUACUUACCCCUUUUACCACUGAUGUGUCCCUGUGUGUUAAUUACUCUAUUUGACAAGUAGCAAUACACAUGGUUUUAUACUGAGGAGAAGUGAGACUGUUCUCAAGUAUGGAAUCACAUUGUUCUGUCAGUUUUUCCUAGUUGGUAGAGAUUUAUUAAAUGGGUUUGUUUGUUUUGCCAAUGGCUAUGUAAGGGAAUUACUUGUUAAGUUGAACUGCACUAUGGGAGACUGUGUAUAUUGUUGCUAUGAGGGAAAAGGACUGAUGUUUAAAUGUUUAAAAAAAUAACUAAUAAAAUGUGUGAUUUCUUCCAAAUG